AUGUAUGGAGGCUACGGGUCUUCAGGCUACGGGGGCUACGGAGGAUACGGCUCGUCCAUGUAUGGAGGCGGACUUGGAUCAUCCAUGUACGGCAUGGGCGGCUACGGAAGCAUGGGAGGUAUGGGAGGUGGCAUGUAUGGCCAACCAGGCAUGAUGGGCCAGGGAGGCUUGGGCGAAGGAACCCAGGCCACGUUCCAGCUCAUCGAGUCCAUCAUCGGAGCCGUGGGUGGCUUUGCUCAGAUGCUUGAAGCCACAUACAUGGCCACACAUUCUUCCUUCUUCACCAUGGUGUCUUUGGCAGAACAGUUUGGCAACCUCAAGAACGCCUUGGGCUCGUUGUUGGGGAUCUUUGCAUUAAUCAAAUUUGUCAAGAAGAUCUUCUACAAAAUCACCGGCAAAACUUACAACUAUGGACUCAACCUCAAGGAGUUCUCCAAAUUCGAAAAGAACCAGAAAAAGUUAGAAGAAAACAUCAAGAGACAACAAGGUGGACUUGCAGGUACAAAUAAGCCCAGAAUCUCAUUCAAACCACUUUUAUUAUUUUUGGCCGCAUCCAUCGGAUUCCCAUACUUGUUGAGCAAAGCGAUCCAAAAGAUCAACGAACAACAACAACGCAGACAGCAGAUGAUGGGCGGACCAGGAGCCGUAGGGCCAGACGGCCAAAUCGACCCGGCAAACUUGCAGUUUGCCAAAGCAUUAUACGAGUUCAACCCCGAGAACCCAAACAUGGAGAUCGAGUUGAAGCCAAACGAAUUGGUGGCCAUCUUGUCCAAGUUGGAUCCAUUGGGAAACGAAAGUAAGUGGUGGAAAGUCAGAUCUAGACUGGGUAAAGUCGGGUAUGUACCGCUGAAUUAUCUUUCGGUCAUUGAAAGAAAGGCAAGCAUGCCGAAGCAGGUAGAACCCGCUCAAGAGCAACCUUCCUACCCAAUA